GGAGGAGGAGGAGGAGGAGGAAGGCUGGGCUGUGUGACCGGGGGCCGUGGCCAUGGAGGAGUGGCGGCAGUGCGGGCGAUGGCUCAUCGACUGCAAAGUUUUGCCCCCGAACCACCGGGUGGUUUGGCCGUCGGCGGUGGUUUUCGACCUGGCGCAGGCGCUGCGGGACGGGGUGCUGCUCUGCCAGCUGCUCCACAACCUCUCCCCCGGCUCCAUCGACCUCAAGGACAUCAACUUCAGGCCGCAGAUGUCCCAGUUUCUCUGUUUGAAGAACAUCCGAACCUUCCUAAAAGUGUGUCACGACAAAUUUGGGUUACGAAACAGCGAUCUGUUUGAUCCCUUUGACCUCUUUGAUGUACGGGACUUUGGAAAGGUGAUCUCUGCAGUAUCCAGACUCUCCUUCCACAGUAUUGCUCAAACCAAAGGAAUUAGGCCCUUCCCGUCAGAGGAAACCACGGAAAAUGAUGACGACGUGUAUCGGAGCUUGGAGGAGCUGGCAGACGAACAUGAUCUGGGGGAGGAUAUUUAUGACUGCGUCCCCUGUGAAGAUGAAGGCGAUGAUAUCUAUGAAGAUAUCAUCAGAGUGGAAGUUCAGCAGCCCAUGAAAAUGGGAAUGACGGAAGAUGACAAAAGAAAUUGCUGUUUGCUAGAAAUCCAAGAAACUGAGGCCAAAUACUACAAAACACUUGAAGAUAUAGAAAAGAACUACAUGAACCCACUGAGGCUGGUACUGACUCCCCAAGAUAUGGAAGCUAUUUUUAUCAAUUUGGAGGACCUCAUUAAAGUGCACUUCAGUUUCCUGAGAGCCAUCGAUGUCUCUAUGAUGUCUGGAGGAAGCAGCCUGGCAAAAGUGUUUCUGGAAUUCAAAGAGAGGCUGCUGAUUUAUGGCAAAUACUGCAGCCACAUGGAGUACGCCCAGAACACGCUCAACCACCUCCUGGCCAACAGGGAGGAUGUCCGGCAGAAGGUGGAGGAAUGCACGCUGAAGGUUCAGGAUGGGAAAUUUAAACUGCAAGAUCUGCUGGUGGUUCCAAUGCAAAGAGUUCUGAAAUACCAUCUCCUGUUAAAAGAGCUGCUCAGCCAUUCGUCAGACCGACCAGAGAAGCAACAGCUGAAGGAGGCUCUGGAGGCGAUGCAGGAUUUGGCUAUGUACAUAAAUGAAGUAAAGCGGGACAAAGAGACUUUAAAGAAAAUCAGUGAAUUUCAGAGCUCUAUAGAAAAUCUGCAAGUGAAGCUGGAGGAGUUCGGGAGGCCAAAGAUCGAUGGGGAGCUGAAGGUCCGCUCCAUAGUCAACCACACCAAGCAGGACAGGUAUUUAUUUUUAUUUGAUAAAGUGGUGAUCGUCUGCAAAAGGAAAGGAUACAAUUAUGAGUUGAAAGAAAUUAUUGAGCUGCUGUUCCACAAGAUGACUGAUGACCCUAUGAACAACAAGGACAUUAAGAAGUCUCAUGGAAAAAUGUGGUCAUAUGGCUUCUACCUAAUUCACCUCCAAGGGAAGCAGGGCUUCCAGUUCUUCUGCAAGACGGAGGAGAUGAAGAGGAAGUGGAUGGAGCAGUUUGAAAUGGCAAUGUCCAACAUAAAGCCAGAGAAAGCCAAUGCAAAUCACCAUAACUUUCAGAUGUACACAUUUGAAAAGACAACCAACUGCAAAGCCUGCAGGAUGUUCCUGAGAGGAACCUUCUACCAGGGCUAUCUUUGCCCCAAAUGUGGAGCAGGUGCUCAUAAGGAGUGUUUGGAGAUCAUUCCUCCCUGCAAGAUGGGUUCUUCAGCAGACCAGGAUUCGAUGAGUGCUGGACCUGGUCCUAAAAUGGUGGCGGUUCAGAAUUACCAUGGAAACCCGGCCCCUCCGGGAAAGCCAGUGCUGACGUUUCAAAUUGGGGAUGUGAUUGAGCUGUUGAGAGGAGACCCUGACUCGCCGUGGUGGGAGGGGCGGCUGCUGCAGACGAAGAAGUCGGGUUAUUUUCCCAGCUCAUCAGUAAAGCCCUGCCCCGUUGAUGCAAGACCCCCCAACAGCCGGCCGCCCUCGCGGGAGAUAGACUACACAGCGUACCCAUGGUUCGCAGGGAACAUGGAGCGGCAGCAGACAGACAACCUGCUCAAGUCUCACGUCAGCGGCACCUACCUGAUCCGGGAGCGGCCAGCUGAGGCCGAGCGCUUUGCCAUCAGUAUUAAGUUCAAUGAUGAGGUAAAGCACAUCAAGGUGGUGGAGAAGGACAACUGGAUUCACAUCACGGAAGCCAAGAAGUUUGAAAGCUUGCUGGAGCUGGUUGAGUACUACCAGAGCCACUCGCUGAAGGAAAGCUUCAAGCAGCUGGACACAACGCUGAAAUACCCCUAUAAAUCUCGGGAGCGCUCUACCUCCAGGACCUUCACUCGCUCUCCAGCCUCCUGCGCUUCCUACAACUUUUCUUUUCUCAGUCCUCAGGGCUUCAACUUUUCUUCUCAGAGCUCCUCCAGUCCCUUCUGGUCAGUGUUCACCCCACGGGUCAUAGGGACAGCGGUGGCACGAUACAACUUUGCGGCACGGGACAUGCGGGAGCUCUCGCUGAGAGAGGGUGACGUGGUGAAGAUCUACAGCAGGAUUGGCGGGGACCAGGGAUGGUGGAAGGGAGAAACCAAUGGAAGAGUUGGCUGGUUUCCAUCGACAUACGUGGAAGAAGAAGGGGUGCAAUGACUGUGGGGAUGUCUGUUGGAAAGUCAUCGAUUGCCCAGAACGAGCCGCUGCAGACCGUGCACACUUGUCCUGAUGCCCGUGGCUCCCCGUGACACGUGGCUGGACGCCUCCCAGGACUGCUCUCGCAGCCUCUUUAGCAAUCCGUUCCUCUGUACAGUGUGUGUGUGUGCGCGUGCGUCGGGGCCAUCGCCGGCCUCGCUCCUGUUACGUGUAUAGAAGAUUGAUGGUCUGUCAGAUAACGUUCGUUUAGCAGCUGUGGAAGAGUCCUGGGAAAGCUGCAUUCUCCUGCGUGGACAGAGCUGAGAGACUCUGUGUGGUGCCCACUGGAGGAUGGGGUCCAAACCCCUUUUAGUAAAGGUGUUUUAAAAGCCACCGUGGUGGUGGUGGUGGUGGUGGUGGGUGGGUGAGGCUGAAGGUUUGCACUUGGACUGGUGCCUGGGUGUGCUGACGUAAGAAUUUGGGGGUGUCAGAGAGGGGGGAGUGACUCAGCCCUGAGGAGAUGACACAGACCCUGCCAUGCCGCUCGGGUGGGCUCUCCAGGUCAGGAUUUCGGCAGUCUGCCUGGCAGCCCUGUGGCAGCAUCAUGUUAUGGCCGAGGCGAAGGGACAGAGCGGGGAGAGCCAACCCAGGAGGAGGAGAUGGCUGUUGCUCAUCUCUGCAGGAUGCCAGCUGUGGCACCAGGAGCGCAUUUUGACCGUCAGACAUGGGCUUGAAGUGGACCUCCAGGUCAGACAGGAGGGAAAAAGAGCCACUUUGGCAUCCCAAGCCUAUUUUCUCUGCAACUACCUUUGGUCCCACCAGCCUUGCUGCAGGCAGCGGGGAUGCUUACUGGUCCCACUGGUGAGCAGAAGGUCACGGUGCAUUGCAGGACUGGAGACUCGCUUUGCCUCACGAGGGUUUUGGUGGCCACCGAGGCACCAGGUACACACAGAGGAGUGGACAGGAGUGUGUCCCCCUGGAUAUGUCCUCCCCACGCUCCCAGCUGGCUCCUGCUGUGGGCACUUCUUGCAGUCGUGACACAUCCCACCUUGCUGAGCUCGGGGGGUGAACCCACCGGAGUAAGGGCUAUGGUAUGAAGACCUGAUUUCUCUUGCUGAGUUGUGAAAGCAUCUCUUCCUCCCCAGCUCUGUGCACUUUUGGGGGCUGUGAGCAUUGUCCCCUUUUUUCCUCCCACAGGCUGUUACUGCUGCUGCUGUCAAGUAAAGGUCCGUCUGUCUUGGCGUUGCCGCUUUGUCCUGAGCACCGUCCAUCCGAGUCUGUUCUUUCCAAAGUGCAGCUCCUGUGGUUGAUAGGCAGAGCUGCUGGGUGGAAAUCCCAGCCUUCGACUUGUGGUGUCCCCACCAUGCACUGUGUCCCUCGCGCAGGUCUAGGAGGCGCCCGCGUCGGGUGGGUGGGUGGUCCUUGGCACGGGAGGGGACCACGGCUGCAUCCAAGUUGCAAAUGGAACAGCGGCACCCUGGUCAGUAUAAUAAAGCGUUUAGGACUCUCAAAGAAAAGGGAAAGACAUUAACUUGCAAAUUAAAUGUUGUUGCUCAGUGACAAGGCUAGAGCUGCCCUACUUUGCUGCCUGUUCCUCCUGGAGCCCCGCGAGUGCGCCCGCUUUCGGUGCCAGGGGAAGCGAGAUGGGUGCAGCUGGGGUCUGGCUGGGGUGGAUGCCCACCGGGGAUCUUGCUCUGCGAGGUGAUGGGGACACGGACGGGCUCAGGGCUUUCCCAAGGUACUGUUUGGUGCUAACCUCUCCUGGCCAUCCCCUUGGUGCUCAGCUCGGGGUGCUCUGCUCCGCUUCCUGGAGCGGUACUGGAGCUGAGGGUGUAUUUAAGGGGCGAUGAGGUGCUCGCACACACCCCCAAGACAAACUCAUGAUGGCUUUUCUUAUGCCUCAGAUCCUAAAGCCUUACGUGACCCUCCUGUUUAUCGUAGUUGAUUUUGUGAGGCGGUGAGGGCAUCCCCGUUGGAAGAGCACAUAUUCCAUCAUGGGGACCAUGGCACCACCUGUCCCUCACACCCCAGGGGGAUCCUCAGCCUCCGCCACCGCCUGUGCUUCCCUCCCGGCCAAAUCCCGCUGCCCUUCGGAGAGCUCUCCCUCUUGUGUUUACUGUUGUAAGAAACUCGUUAAAAAGAUUGUUUUGUUUGUAAGUAAUUAUUCAGCCAUUUGCCACAAUAUAUAUCUGUGAAUAAGAAAGGGAAAUGUUUUUUUUUUUUUAUGAUGGCAAGAAAAUUGUAUAUAUAUUUUAGUUCGUCGCAGAUCGUUCAGAAUUGCAAUGGGAUGCAUUGGAAAAUAAUAUGUAAAUUCCUUGGGGUUUUCCUUUGCACUGCACUAACUUGGGGUAGGGUGGAGGGGGUUUGAAGAUCAAGCUGUUUGUUUAUGGAAUAGUUUAUAGCUGGGAAUUUGGAAAUCAUUUGGAAUAGCUUGUAAUGCUGGAAUAGAAACUUUAGCUGCUACUUAGAAACCCUUUUGCAUGUGGUUUUUCCAGAUCUUUUUAAGUUACAAUACAUCAAAGUAAAUUCCACAAUGAAAAAAUAAA